AUGGGAGUGAUGGACUGGUUGCCUUGGGUUAACAGUGUCAAGCAAACUAGGUCGAAUGAGACUUUGGAAUUUAUUGAUAAGGACGUUGGGGGUGUGAGGAGUAUGGUAGAGUUGAUUGACAAGCAUGCCAAGGAAUUUUCAGAUGGGGCUACAAGUGUGUUCCAUCCUUUGCUUUUUAAUGGGCAUUUGCAGUCGGCGUACAAUGUUCUACGGGUAUUUGAAGAUAUGGAUGUGGUGUAUUAUGACCGGUUGAUGCUGGAUUAUCCUGACGGGGGUGUUGGUGCUCUGGACUUUGUUAGAAAGGACAGCUGCGUGGGCGAAGGAGGUGUGAAGCAGGAGGGUUAUGUUCCUGAGCAUCAGCUAAAGCCGUUGUUAAGUGAUAAGUAUAGGUACCUGUCGCCUGCGGAAAUCAAGGAACUUGGGUCUGAAGAUGGUAAGCCGAUGUUGCUUAUGAUUCAUGGGCUGACUGGGGGUUCUAACGAGGGCUAUGUUCGUUCUAUGGUGAAGUGUAUCACGGAGCGGUAUGGGUUCGAAGCGUGUGUUUUGAACAGUCGGGGCUGUGCCCAGUCUACCAUUACCACUCCUACGUUGUACUGUGGUAGCUGGACGGAUGACAUUCGUCAAUGUGUCAAGAAGUUGAGGAGUUGGUAUCCCAAUCGGAAGUUCUAUCUCGUGGGUGUCUCUUUAGGAGCGUCAAUGACUGCGAAUUACUUGGGCCAGGAGGGUAGCAACGCUGAUAUUGCAUGUGCUGCUGUACUAGGUAAUCCAUGGGAUAUGUGUAAUGGCUCCUAUGCAUUAAAGAGAGGGAUACUUAAAAAGCAUGUGUAUUCACGGGUAUUGGCAAAGAACUGCGUGCAGAUGGUUAAAAACAAUCUGGAGCAGCUCAGGGCCGACUCAUAUUUCGAAGACAGCUGUGAUAAUAUGUUGGAUAAGAUCACUUCUCUUGAACAAUUUGAUAACCAUUUCACUGCCAAGAUGUUUGGGUUCAACACUUCGUAUGAGUACUACCGUUAUUCCAGCAGUGUCAAUCGAUUACUACAGAUUAGGACUCCUUUGAUCGCAAUAAAUGCAUUGGAUGAUCCCAUUGUAUCAUCUGAAUCACUACCUCGAGGGGAAGUUUCCCUAAACCCAUACGUCUUGAUGCUUGAAACCUCGAGGGGUGGACAUAUAGGCUGGUUUGACGCCAAAGGUGGGCGUUGGUAUGUUGACCCGCUGUGCAGGCUCUUCAAAGCCUUUCAUGUUGAAAUUGCAGCGAAGGACCUACUGUCAAAUGUUGACAAUUUAACCUUACCACAUUCCCACAAAUUCCAAGGUGAUAGAUUAGUGAAUCCUUUCGAGAGAAAUACCAGUGCUGAAUAA